GAGUGCGCGGGCGGAAGUGAGUGCGCAGCCCCGGCGGCGGCGCGGCCUCCUCGCCCCGGUCCCGCCGCUCCCUCGGGCCUGUCCCGGUCCUGCCGCCGCCGCCGCCGCCAUGAAGGACGUGCCGGGUUUCCUGCAGCAGAGCCAGAGCGCGGGGCCGGGCCAGGCCGCCGUGUGGCACCGCCUCGAGGAGCUCUACAACAAGAAGCUGUGGCACCAGCUCACUCUGCAGGUGCUGGAUUUCGUGCAGGACCCCUGCUUCGCCCAGGGCGAUGGGCUCAUCAGGCUCUACGAGAACUUCAUCAGCGAGUUCGAGCACAGGGUGAACCCCCUGUCCCUGGUGGAGAUCAUCCUGCACGUGGUCCGGCAGAUGACAGAUCCCAACGUGGCCCUGACCUUCCUGGAAAAGACUCGGGAAAAGGUGAAGAGCAGCGACGAGGCCGUGAUCCUGUGCAAAACAGCCAUCGGGGCCCUCAAGCUCAACAUCGGGGACCUGCAGGUCACCAAGGAGACCAUCGAGGAGGUGGAGGAGCUGCUGAACACCCUGCCCGGGGUGACCUCGGUGCACAGCCGCUUCUACGACCUCUCCAGCAAGUACUACCAGACGGUGGGGAACCACGCCGCCUACUACAAGGAUGCCCUGCGCUUCCUGGGCUGCAUCGAGGUCAAGGACCUGCCAGUAUCAGAGCAGCAGGAGAGAGCCUUCACCCUGGGGCUGGCUGGGCUGCUGGGAGAAGGUGUUUACAACUUUGGGGAGCUGCUCAUGCACCCCGUGCUGGAGUCCCUGAGGAGCACAGACCGGCAGUGGCUCAUCGACACCCUCUUUGCCUUCAACAGUGGCAACGUGGAGACCUUCCAGGCCCUCAAGUCGGCCUGGGGGCAGCAGCCUGACCUGGCUGCGAACGAAGCGCUCCUGCUGCAGAAGAUCCAGCUGUUGUGUCUCAUGGAGAUGACUUUCACCCGCCCAGCCAAUCACCGACAGCUCACCUUCGAGGAGAUUGCCAAGAGUGCCAAAGUCACCGUCAACGAGGUGGAGCUGCUGGUGAUGAAGGCGCUCUCGGUGGGCCUGGUGAAGGGCAGCAUUGACGAGGUGGACAAGAGGGUGCACAUGACGUGGGUGCAGCCACGUGUGCUGGACCUGCAGCAGAUCAAAGGGAUGAAGGACCGCCUGGAGUUCUGGUGCACGGACGUGCGGAGCAUGGAGAUGCUGGUGGAGCACCAAGCCCACGACAUCCUGACAUAGAGGGCCUGGCUCUGGCCCCAGGAGAGUGAUUCCUGCUGCUCCUGAGGCCGGCAGCGCUCAGACCACUGACUGCACUGAAUCCAUGGAGGGGGUGGGUGGGCACAGGGGGGAGCAGCAUGGGAUGUAUUUCGGAGGAGUACGUGGCCUUUUGCUGUGUGACCCUUUGGUGCUUGAGUCAGGCUUUCCCUCUGCUGACACGAGUGGCUCUGAUCCCAGAGCUCCGUCCGGGGGGGGGAUGGAUCACUCCCAAUCCCUCCUGCCUCCAGCUGCUGCGGGAGGGUGGGAUCCUGGUGCAGGUACCGAGGGGUCUUGGCCUUAGGGGGCACAGCCAGCCCCGCUGCCCUCUCCCCCUGCCCCUGCAGCGGCCCCAAGGCAGCAUUCCCUCAGUCCUCUUCCCCAAAUCAUCCUCCCUUCACCCCUCCUCAUUUGCAGUAGAGGGAGUGUUUGCUCCAUCCAAGGGUUUUCCCCGGGAAUCCCGGUUACUGGGUGUGUUCACACACUUGAGGGCGUGGUUUGUCUUUCACCAGCGCUUUGUGCUCAGGUGAGGUGCAGCGGCAUUGCCGGAAUAAACGUCUCUGCCUUCCCUUUUCUGGAA